UGAAGGGAGCUGAUGGCUCUUCAGACCGAGGUGAAAUGAAGCGCGUGAACACAACAAUAAAACACAUUUUAGGCCAUAUGUGAUCAAUUUAAGAAAUCUCAAUUUGAUCAUUUCUGAAAACACCGAGGAUUAAAAUGACAGCGACAGCUAAUCCCGGGGAUAAAAUAAUUGCGACGCUGAACGAAUUCAUGCGCGCGCUCCCAGCAAACGACUAUUCACUGGACGAGAUUAUCCCCUCAUCACUGCCGACAGGUUUCUCUGAUGCAGAAGUGGACAUCUGUUCUGAUCAAUUCAGUGAGGUGUCUGGAGGUGGCUUGAGUACCGACAGUUUCGGCGUGGAGAAACGGGGCCUUGACCAGGCCGAGUCGAGCAAGUUCUCCCCGCACAGUGCGCCUCUCGCCUACACUGGGAAAAUUUCCAUCGAGGCGCAAGGAAGUUGGAAUCAAGAGGGAAUAAUCAACUUCAGUGUCAGUGCAGGGGUACAAGGCAGGACAUCUUCGCCGGGAUCCUUCUCCACGGGCUCUCCAGGUCCCACAGACCUCACUUCAGGCUGCUCCAAAAUAGGCCAAACUCUUCCUAACAUGGAGCAUAUGUACACAAGUCCUCCCACUUACACCUGCAGUGCCGAUGGGUACCAGGACCCCUCAGUCUACCUGUCCACCAGCACAUGUCCCAUAACAUACGCCACUCCGUCCUACUCCGCUCCCAAGUCUACCAUAGACGGGACGCUAUUCUCCAUCAUUCCCGACUACGGAGGUUUCUAUCAGACCAGCAACAGCCAAAGGGAAAUGGCUAUGUUUCAGGACAUCAAACCGUUUUCGUGCUCUUUGGAGUCUAUUAGAGUCCCUCCACCUCUGACUCCCUUGAACACGAUAAGAAAUUUUACUCUGGCUUGUCCGAUUGAUGCGUCAAGGCCACCUGUAGACGCCAAUCCACAAAAUGUCCAACUCAGGCCGAUACUGCGGCCACGAAAAUACCCGAACCGACCGUGCAAGACGCCGGUAAAUGAGCGACCGUACCCCUGUCCGGCCGAGGGAUGCGACCGGAGAUUUUCUCGCUCGGAUGAGCUCACGCGUCACGUGCGUAUCCACACCGGGCACCGGCCGUUCCAGUGCAGGAUCUGCAUGCGCAGCUUCAGCCGGAGCGACCACCUCACGACCCACAUACGCACACACACGGGCGAAAAGCCCUUCUCCUGUGACUUCUGUGGCAGAAGGUUCGCCAGGAGCGACGAACGAAGAAGGCACACAAAAAUCCACCAGAGACAAAAGGACAAAAAAGCGGCUGCGCCUCCUCACAACUCGAACGCCGAUGGGACAUUAAUGUGAACACCGGCAAGAGUUAAUUUGUGCUGUUAGGGGCCGUUCACACCGAAUUUGUUUUUACAGCUAGACGCAGCGCAACGGAGAUGUCUCGAGACACGUUUUUAAAGGGAUAGUUCAACCAAAAAUGAAAAUGGUCUCAUCAUGUACUCACCCUCAUCCAGAUGUGUAUGACUUUCUUUCUUCUGCUGAAUACAAACGAAGAUUUUUAGAGGAAUAUUUCAGCUCUGUAGGUCCUUUCAAAGUGAAUGGUGGUCAGAACUUUGAAGGUCCAAAAAGCACAUAAAGUCAGCAUAAAAGUAGUUCACACGACUCCAGGGGUUAAAUCUAUAUAUUCCAAAGCAAUAUGAUAAGUGUGGGCGAGAAACAGAUCAAUAUUUAAGUAUAUUUUUCCUAUAAAUUCUCCUCCCUGCCCAGUAGGUGGCGAUAGGCACAAAUAAUGUGAAUUGCCAAUAACAAAAGAAGAAGAAUGUGAAAGUGGAGAUUUAUAGUAAAAAAGGACAUAAAUGUUGAUCUGUUUCUCACUACACAUAUCAUAUCGCUUCUAAAUAUAUGGAUUAAAACCACUGGAGUCGUAUCAUGGAUUAUUUUUAUGCUGCCUUUAUGUGCUUUUUGGACCUUCAAAGUUCUGAUCACCAUUCACUUUGUAUGGACCUACAGAGCUGAGUAAUUCUUCUAAAAAUCUUCAUUUGUGUUCAGCAGAAGAAAGAAAGACAUGCACAUCCGGGAUGACAUAAGGUUGAGUAAAUGAUGGAAUAAUUUUUAUUUUUUGGUGAACUAUCCCUUUAAACUGAUGAAGUUAAUUUUAACUUGUUACUGCCACUCAAAAAAAUGAAACGCGGCGCUCCUGCGUGAGACGCUAGCGCCUGUUUACAUAGAAAAAUUCUUUAAAAACCACGACGUAAAAACGCCUUCGGUGUGAACAGCCCCUUACGUGGCCCAAUUUCAACGUGGAACAUUGUCCCACAAAUAUUUGAAAGCAGCUUAUGAACUGUUGAAUGUGAUUUAUUGUAGUACUAGACAGACAUAAACAGACACGUCCUUUAAGUUGAAUAUUGUUAUUUUGAUUUCUCUUUUUUGUCAAUAUUUAGGCCUUCUUGUCAUGCGGUGCAAAAUUGGAGGUUCCCUUAGUGGGGUGUCCAUAGUGUUUAUAUAGCUCCAUCAGUUGUUGUUGGUUUUUUAUUUCUAAUAUUCCCAUGUAUGUGUUUGAAUAAAAUGAUAACAAUUACUUGGUGCAUUUAAGUCGACACUUCAGUGAAAGCCGAUGGAUAUCAACACUGUACACGAUUACCAACAUACACCACUAGAGGUCUCCAUUUGUCAAACAAUUGAAUGCACCUAUGUUACCUAAAUUAUUGUCCAUGCUUUCACACAAUACCAGUUCUUCACCAUAUUGUCAGCUUAAU